GUAAAGAUUGCCCUCUUCAUUGGUCUCCUGUUUGCAAGCAUUGCUGCUAUCCCUCACUUAGACAUCGGCCUUGAUCAAGAACUUGCACUGCCCAAGAACUGUGCGCAUGUACGGAUAAAUCAGAAGCCCGCUAAUACCCUGGAGAGCUCAAGGUCUCUUUAAGAAAUCGACGUGACGGUUAAGCAAACCACUGGAUUGCGUUACCACAUGAAAUAGACGAAAGAAAUGCGGGCUCAGUCUAGAGAGCCGACACCGCGCGCGCUAGGAGGGGAUUCAAGAUGCCUCCUAAGAAGAAGCCGAAGGUCGACAGUGACAAACAUUCAAAAACUGCAAAAAGAGAGGAGAGUGCCAAACCAAGCAAGACUCCAAAAAAAGAAGUGCAAUACUCAAGAUGGCUUAUGAAAUCUGAACCUGAAAGCAGAUUUGAGAAAGGAGUAGAUGUAAAGUUUGGCAUUGAGGACUUAAAGAAAGAACCCAAUCAAACAGCCUGUUGGGAUGGUGUGAGAAAUUACCAGGCUCGAAAUUUUAUGCGAGAUCAAAUGAAGAGUGGUCACCUUGCAUUCUUUUAUCACAGUAACUGUAAAAACCCUGGCAUUGCUGCAAUUGUGGAGAUUGUCAAAGAAAGUUAUGUGGACUAUACACAAUUUGAUAAAGCAGAUCCUCAUUAUGACCCGAAUUCUAAGAAAGAGAACCCCAAAUGGUUCAUGGUGGAUGUAAAGUUUGUCCGUAUGAUGAAACGCUUUAUUUCUCUACAAGAACUGAAAGCUCUUCAUCAAGAACACAAGGCAACCAAUGGUCCAUUAAAGUCAGUGGCACUCUUCACUUCAGCCCGACUAUCAGUUCAACCUGUUACUGAAGAUGAAUUUGAAUACAUUUGUAGUUUGGAGGACAAACCAGUGGGUGAUGCCAGUUGUGGAAAAUUAAUUUAAUUAAUUAAAUUAAUGCUCUUUCACCCUACCGGGAAUUUUUCAAAUGUAAGUUAAAUUUAGGACACUCUCACGAAGAAAAAUGUUCCUGUUCCAGAGGUUAUUAUUCCUGAGUUACUUGGGUUAUUUUGGUUAAUUCAGCUGAAUUUAAGUACCUUAACACUCAAUUUUGUGGGGUUGUUGUAUGUUAAUUUUACAUGGAAUAACUAUUCAUCUAAUCCUGCUGGUCUAAAACUGCAAUUAUGACUUGUGUUCUAUAGUAUAUGAAAAAAAAAACAUGCUGUCUAUUGCUUUUGUAAAUUUUUAUUAAAUAAAUUCAAUUUUUGUAGAAAAAAAAAUAACUUCUUAAAUACUAAACAAGCUGCAUACAACCUGUCCCAAGUGUGACUAGAACUACAUAAUUCUUUCAGAUUAUGGAAGCUGCGAUGGAUUGUCACUCUCUCAGUUA